AUUUCUGUAAAUCUCCCAAUAAAAUUCUUGUAAAGUCGCAAAAUGCCUAAAUCAAGAGGUUUUAAGUUAUCCAUGCUUGUAUGCCUGGGCGCUUCUCUCAGUGUAUGGGGGGAUCGAUUAUCGUUAUGGAUGAAGAUGGGUCUGGUCGGUGGUGCCUGGGUUCUAGCUGGAGGGGUCAACACAGCAGCUAUAGUGCUCAAAACCUUGCCCAGGGAUGUUCGAGCAGUCUGGAAAAUAAUCCGGUUGUUGUAUUUCAUCAAGUCUGCACAGAGGAACAAUCUCACUGUUCCUAAGAUGUUCGCCAAAUCAGCAAAAAGGUUCCCGGAGAAAGUGUUGUUCUAUUUCCAGGACGAGGUCUGGACGUUCAAGAGGGUAGAGGAGUACAGUAACAGGAUUGCGGAUUUCUUCCUGAGUUCUGGGUUUGUAAAGGGUGACAGUGUCGGAGUUGUUAUGGGGAAUAAACCAGAGUUUGUGUGUGUCUGGUUGGGACUCUCCAAAAUAGGUGUUCUGCCAGCCCUCAUCAACUCAAACCUACGGUCUGAACCUCUCUGUCACUCUAUCAAGGUCGCCAAGUGUCGAGCUGUCAUUUUUAGCUCAGAGCUAGCGCAGGCCAUUGAAAGUAUAUUUGGAAUGUUAAUGACGGAUACGGGGAUAUACUUCCCUACAUACAGUAUUGGAGCUAAACAUACUUCAUCUAUUCAUGGUUCCAUUCAUCUUGAUUCAUCACUUCAUGAAUACUCAUCAGCAUCUGUUAGUUCUGAUGUUCAAGACUCAAUACAGUUCAAUGAUAAGUUGAUGUAUAUCUACACUAGUGGAACUACUGGACUCCCUAAGGCAGCAGUUAUAAAGCAUUCCAGGUAUAGAAUUAUCAUCCUUACUCCUAGAUAUUUACUGAACACUCCAGAGAGUGAGUAUGAGUCCCAACACUCAGUUCGGCUCAUGUUCGGAAAUGGUCUUCGGCCAGAGAUUUGGCAGGAUUUCGUAAACAGGUUUAAUAUUCAAGAUAUCGCAGAAUUUUAUGGCUCUACGGAGGGGAAUUCGCAGGUUCUGAACUUUGACAAUAAAGUUGGUGCAGUAGGGUUCCUUCCAGUUCUAUUCUCAUCAAUACUACCCCUUGGUACUAUCAAGGUGGAUGAGAACGGCGAGCCUGUACGUGACCCUGUUUCUGGACUCUGUAUUCGAUGCAAAGCAGGAGAAGCUGGGGAAUUUGUUGGAAUCAUUCAACAAAACCAUCCGAUGCGAGAGUUUGUCGGAUACUCAGAUAAGGAAUCCACAAACAAGAAGAUACUCAAGGAUGUUUGGUCCAAGGGAGAUGUUUGCUUUAGAUCAGGAGAUAUCCUGGUCUCAGAUCAAUAUGGUUAUCUUUACUUUAAGGAUAGGAGGGGAGACACCUACAGAUGGAAGGGGGAGAAUGUGAGUACAGCUGAAGUUGAAGGGAUUAUCUCAAGAGCUGUUGGUUUGGUUGAUGUUGUAGUCUACGGUGUACUAGUUCCUGGAUGUGAAGGCAGGGUCGGUAUGGCGGCCAUUGUUGAAGAUUUAGGAUCUGGAUGUUGUGUUGACCUGCCUAAACUAUCUGUUGACCUCACCUCUAAACUACCCAGCUACGCUAGACCAGCAUUUAUUCGACUUGUUAGAGAGCUGGAUAUGACAGGAACUUUCAAACUGAAGAAACGGGAUCUACAGAAUGAGGGUUUCGAUAUUACUCUGAUAGAGGACAGGGUCUUCUUUUUUCAAGCUGGAGAAUACAAACCAUUGACUAAGGAGCUGUAUUCUGGUAUUCUGGAUGGUUCGAUAAGAAUGUAAUGCACGAGUUUAUUUUCUACGCUUUUUCAUACAUAAAUCAAAAUUAACUUGUCACACGAAAUUAUAAAAUGUUUUCUUGAUGCAUUAUUUAUCAGCAGUCACGUGAUUAUCAACCAAAUAAUGAUGUACUAGUCACAUUUUCUAAACAUUCCUCUUCUAUAUUCCUGACUCACGAGUCUACAGUUUAGAAUUUAUGUUGCUGGAAAUACAAACCUAGAAUUCAUUUAUUUAUAUUUUAUAAAGGGCUGGGUGCGUUUUUCGGUUUCUUUGGUUCAAUCCUCCUUUACCAGAUAAUUCUGGUUCAUUUCUAAAUCAAUUGUUGUCAAUGGUUUUAACCAUUCAUAAUUGAUUUCUGGUAAUCAGAUGAGGGCAAUUGUUAAGAGCCAAAGUUGUUAAUGGUUCUCAAAAGAUCUGAAAGUAGAAACUUCAGUUGACCAGAUUUGGUUUUUUAUUUACUCAGGACCAGAUUUGAUCAGUAGCAAGAAGUAGCUGAACUAUUUCUUUUAACUUGGAAGUAGCGUAUACGUGGUUCAGCUUGGUCUGAAGGGUAUUUUUUUUUUAUUUGGUUCCCAUAUCUUCAACGCUGAAGGGUCAACAUUUUUAGAAUCUAGUUUCAGGAUUUUUAUGAUAAAAAAUUUAUGGGAGAAACCAAACCAGUUUUUCCUUCCAUGUUGCAGAUAAAUUUUGUUUUAUUAAUGCCUCCUUGAUUUAAUUAUACUAUGAUGUCUUUCAUGCAAUUAAAAUUAUUCUUAUCAACGCAUCACGCCUCAGAUUUAUCAUCUCCAUAAAGAAAGAAAAAUAUUCCUGAAACUUUAAAAACAACUCUUCUAGUUUGAGAAGGAAUAUAAAAACAAAAUCACUCAAAACUCAAUUUAAAAAGAAAACAGAAUCCUGAAUUCAACUAGAAAAGUUUAUUCUCUGACAGAAUGGAAUUGAAGAGGAAUGCUAUUUUAAACUUGGGUCUAAAAAGUAAAUUAAUUAAAUUCGACCAAAUCCCACCAAAACUAUUUUUACUAAAUCAUGGUUAACGUUCAAAGAAAAUUAGAUUUCUAAACAUCACAAAAUUUGUAUUGAUGAUUAUAUGAUUCUAGUUAUACUUGAUUCACAAGUUUAUUAACAGAAAGCAUGUAUCUCCGUCCUAAAACUAAAUUCUAAUCCUGAUAUAAAAGUAUUUUUGUUGUGUUUGAUUUAGCUUGUGAAUAUUUAGAAACCAAUAUGAAUAUGUGAUGAUAUUGUUUCUGUAUUUAUUCUAUUCUGCUAUAAUUCUAUAUUUGUAUUUAGAAGAAACGUAAAACAGUAAUUGCCACAAUCUUAACAUUUAGUUUUUAAUGUUCAUUUAUUUAGACUCGGAUACUCAAUUUUUUACAACAAUUUCAACCGUUUUAUUUACACAGUUUGCUAAUUAAAAUGGUUUAAUUGGGUACGUUUGAAGGAUUUAAAUAGCAGCAUCUUAUUCACCUAACUUGUAAAGCAAAUUAUGGCUGUUUUUAGAAGUAAAAUAAAUUUUUUUAAGUAGUA